CAAUAGUCUCAUCUUGAUGCCCUCUGGUCUCAUUCCCUUCUUCCCUCCAUCUCUUCUCCUUUCUCCGUCCCUCGCUCUCUCGGAACCCCUCACAUAGUGACCUGCGGGGAGAUCGGAGGGAGAUCAUGCUGUCUGUACUGGCACUGACGUCCGUGGUGCUCUUGGGCAUAGCCUCUCAGACCACGGCUAUUGUUGUGUACACAAGCUGGGAGAGACAUGCGCUUGUGGGCACAGACGUCAGACUCUCCUGCUCUUUCUUCUCUUGGCAAUGGACUUCUCCAGACGUAACCUUCUCAUGGCACUACCGUCCAGAUGGAGCUAAAGACAGCAUCUCAAUUUUCCACUACGGAGGCGGAGUUGCCUAUGCGGAUAACAAAGGCCCAUUCCGGGACCGUCUGGAAUUUGUGGGAAACCCAAAUCGCCGUGAUGGUUCUAUCGUGAUCAAGAAUGUUGACUACACAGACAAUGGAACCUUCACCUGUGACGCCAAGAACCCACCUGACAUCGUUGGCCGCCCCUCCAGUGUUCGUCUGCUGGUGUUUGAGAAGGUUCCAGUCCAGGCUGGUGUGAUAACAGGGGCUAUUAUUGGCGUAGUGUUGGGACUGCUGAUCCUCAUUGUGGCAAUUUACUAUCUGAUGCGUUUCCUGGUCGCCAGACGAGUGUUCAGCUUGAGCAUGAGUAAACAUGGCAAGAAAGGCAAAGGAAAAGAAGGAUCACAGCAAAAACAGGCUUUGGCUGUGACGGAUCCGGCCAAGCUGAAGGCGGCGGCAUCAGAGAAGAAGAAACAGGAGUCUCGCAGGGAGAAGAAAUAGGGAUUGUGGAGCAGAGAGCUAGAGCUCCAGAGCGGGGCCGCCUCCACCCAGACCCAAGCCCAGGAAGAGGCAGCGGGGAUGGGAAGGCAGGGCAGGGUUCUUAUGACCAUUGAGCUAGAGCUCACUAAAGAGGAAAAAGAGGGAGGGCAAACUAAAAGUCCCGCCGCGUUCUUUUCGCAACUCGCGCGCAAAAUCGCUCUCAAGUGAGAGAGACGGGUAUGAGAAGAGGGGGUGGUGGAGAGUUUUGGAGGUGAGGAGUUAAAGAUGAAUCUUUUGAAAACAGGAGGACAGGAGAGGGGUGAAGUUUGUCUCAUAUUAAUUCUGACUGAAAAAAAAAACACUGUGUCCAAUCUAGGUCGACAAGCUGCGACAAGAUGUUAUAUAAUUAUAGUAUAUAAUUAUUAUAUAUUAGAAUUAUAUAUAAAUUGUGUUGCUUUAUGUUCAGCUGUGUAGCGCCGCCCACAUUAAAAUACGCAUUUAGUGAGGUUCAAAAUUCUGAAUAGCUUCUAUUUUAAAUUUCUCUACUUUAAUACAUUUUUUAAUUAUACAUUCUAUAACUGGCUUAUCAAUUUGAUUAAAACUGAAUUUUAAAAAUGUAUAUGAAUUUUAGAAUAUGUUAGUAUUUGAUUUGUCCCUUUUUUGCUUUAAAAAGCAGCGUUCGAGCUGCUUGAACUACCUGAUGAUGAUUUUUUCCAGCAAGAUUUUAGAUGAUCCAAACAGUUUCUUGAGCUCAAAGAAGCAAGAACAUCUGGCUGUACAAAGGUGUUAAACUAUGUAUUAAACUACGAAUAGUGCAGCAUUUUAAGUUCUCAUUUAAAGUCCUAAAUCUUAAAACCUUGUGGGAUUUCUUCCAGUUAAAUCCCAGAUUUUCAGUGUGGACUUUUGAACCCCACUCUAGUCGUAUAUUGUACAUCUGUUCUGUGAAAAAGCGCUCGUUUUUUGUUUUCAGGGAGGUCAGACAAAUUACUUGUCGCCUGAAAGUUGUUGUCUUGCACCUGGUUAGGACACAGUCUUUAUAAAAAAUAAUAACAAUAAAAUAAAUCACACAUUCACAACAAAACCCAGAGCUGAGAGCCGUCCAUUACGCACACACUGACAGUUUGUGAGAGCUGUAAUCAUGGCAGAAUGGUGAAGAUUUCCUCUUAAGUGACAAACAAAUCUCUCUAUACACACAUGCAAUCUUAUACAAGAACACAAUCCAAGCUGCACACUUUUCACACUUUGUACUUUUGUUAAAAAAUGAUUUUGGAACUUUAUAUUAACUGCCUUUUUUCUCAUUCCCUCCCUCUCUUUCUCUGUUUUACUGCCUGUCGCUCUGUUUUUGUCUGUCUUUGUUCUUCCUAUUCUCUAAUCUCUCUUUCUUAUAGCACUUCUGAUACCUUUCUUUGUCUUUUUUUCAACUUUUCCAUCUAUACAUUCACCAUUCUUGUCAUCUGAUUUACUGGUGCUAUUACAUCACUUCCUGUAGGCCGGCCCCCAAAAGUAGCCUCCCCUUCCCUCCUUCUUUACUGAGAGCUAAAUAUAGCACUAGUUUUUUAGUCACAGAAUCACACACACUUUCAUUUCAGCCUCAUAAAAUUUGUUCAUAUUUCGUCCAACACUCACUAACAUCUCAUGUAUCCAUCAAGCAAUUUUAAGUGCUACCCCAAUAGGUUUUUGACAGGUAAUGGAAUCUGACUUAGAGUUGCAAUGUGUUUUUGCUCUGACUGCAGUGACUGAUAUACCCGAAAUGACGUCGAUACUGUUGGCAGAGACACUCAAACACACGCUGUGAGAGUUACUUGAUACUCUAAGUCAAAUUCUCACGUCUGUCUACAUAAGCUGUUGUCUGACAAACAGCUGAUUAUUUUAACACUCACUUGUAACUGGAGAACUAUCUACAGUAUGUCUCUCUUUUGUCCAGUGAGGGCCGGCUCCUAUGGUUGCACUUUUUCCCUGACAUCUCCACACGUAUCAUUAGCAAGGCCCAUCAUCGUUCCAUCCCGAGUCAUAGUUUUACUUCACCUCUCUCUAAUCCUCCUCUAACUAUCACGAAUGCUCAUCCACCACCACCUCUUUUCAUCCCCUGUUUCUGCUGGUAAGAAAACCCCAGUGCUCUCUCCUGCCCCCUGCUGCCCACAGGAGAAAAGAUUUUCAUUCGGCCAUACUGUCGCAAAAGCGUCAGUACAAAAUUCACUUAGCUAGCUCUCUGCUGACUACGAUAGAUGCGUGUAUGUGUAAGUUUUUAGUCUGAUGAUGUGUCUGUAACCUGUCAACGUUUUUGGGGAACAAAACGACGUAAAAACAACAUUGUAGCAACAUUCGUCACGUCAUCGUUAGUAAUGACAAGCUGUGCAGCAGCACCCUGGGACUGUUUGUGUGUUGGAAGCAGAAAUGUAAUAGAGUUUAAUGAUGUUUAAUAAUAUUUCUGCACUUUCAUUUGACUGACAUGGCAGAAUUCAUGUGGUUGUUUCUUCAUGAAAAUGUUUACCAUCAGGAUGUUGAGUCCAUGGAAAGUGAUGCGGUGAGGGUGGACGGGUUUUUGGAAGUUUUUGAGAGAGAAAUAAAUUAUGAAAUACUUGGAAGAAGACUCGGACUGAACUCAUAUUCAGGUGAAAAGUCAAGCCAAAGUACAGUAAACAUCUCUCGGUCUCACAGGAUAUGUUUUUCUGUUCAAGUCUUCAUGUCUAUGCAUGGCAGCCCAAAACCAGAGAGGGGCUCUCAUUGGGAAUGCUAGGAAAAGCUAUAGAACUGCAAGGGCUUGUGGGAAAUAUGUUUGUUAGCCUACAGCCAGAUGCUUUUUAUGCAUCUCAGAGUAAAUGUCGAGCAGCCACAUGGUACCUGCCAUUAAACUGUGUUUAAAUAUCGGGGAAUUCCCAUGUUGUAUGUAUUGUGCACCUGUAUUGGUACAGGUCUAUGUAACCGUUCUUUCUUCAAACUCCAUUAAAAAGUCUAAUUAUUUUUUACUUUUAUUUUGACUUUAACCCAGCUAACUUUGGUUUUCUGUAAAGUGUCUUGUAAAAAGAAAAAUCUCAAGUUUAAAUAAUUUCAGAAAAACAUCAAUAAAAAAUCAGAUCCCU